GGGCAGUUGCAUACACCGCGAUAAACGGUCUCUUAAUCGGAGGUGCACUUCUUGUGCUCAUACCUGUAUUUAUAAUUACGUUAGUCACAGCGGCGACUAUUACUUGCAUCAUCGCUGUUUGUAGAGGAACCGUGUGGACUGUACAACUAGGAGAGACAUUCUCACGCGUUAGGACAAGUGACAAUACUAGUGAGGAAGAAAGUAUAUAUGAAGAAGAUAUGAAACAAUUGGAAUGUGCGAACACAAUGAAACGAUUGGUAUUUAUAGAUAAAUUGAAUAGUUAUUUUAGUAGAGCAAAAAGAGUUCCUGGGGCG